CGACGACGACGACGCACGGGUGCGCAUCAACUGCCGACAUUCCUUUGCUAUUCCGCUCGCUACCUGACAACUGUCCUUUCUCCAUCUUUCGUGUCUUGCCUGUCCUUGCUUGCUGCCUGCUGUCGACGCUCGUGACGAACAGUACCAUCCCAAGGCGCUCUACGUACACGCCGCCCGGCUAUAUCGCCAUACCUACAGCGUUCCCUACACGUGCUGAUUAUUCACGCCUUGCCCUCGAGAACGCUUCCCGUGGCCUGGACUAAGCAGGGUUCUCCUUCGAUCUUGUAAUUAUGCUUAAUUAGCUGUGCUGCUCAAGUCUCGACGACCUUUGGAUAUUGCUUGUGACGUUAGCAUUAUUUCUGCCACAUGUCAACGAAGUACGGUGUGGUGGCACGGCCUGCCAAGCAGGUCUACCCUGGCCCCUUCGAUCCUACCCUACUGCAUAUGGACCGCCAAAAUGCGUCCUACCGCCCUGUUCAGUCCAAUCAGAGUUUUCCUCGGCGCGCGCCGGCCGACCUGAGCACACAGUCCCUUCCUCAAAGCGGUUGGCUCUCAGACGUUGCAGCGUUCACCGCCUCCCCGCCCUCGCAGGGCCAACGUCCUGUCGGAUCCGUCCCCGGGAGUGCACCCAUCACUAGCCCUGCCUCGCUGAGCGACUCUGGCCACAUGUCCCCUCGCACAGUGCAUCGCGCUCGCUCACGGGACCAUCUGCUUUCUGCGAGCCCCAAUCCUCCUGCUGUUUUCUCCUCUGGCUCGCCGUCGCCACGCCCAUCUCCAAGCCCGGUCUUGUCUCCUUCGCGCACCCUUCAUACAUCGCGGUCGUUCUCAACUGUCACUUCGCACAAGACUCUCGCCCUCUCCUCCGACGCUAGCGGGCACCUAGACCUAAAACGUCUCAUGAGCAAACCCGCCAAACAAGCAUCCUCAGGCUCGCCCUCCCUCGUGUCGGACUCAGAGCGUUCCACUGGCGAUCCCUCAUCUAGCCAAGUCAGUUUCCCUCAUCGCCCAAGCGAAGGUGCCAUUCCCCGCCCUCCUCUCUCCAGGAGCGCACAUGCAUCUCGUGAGAAGAUGUCGCUGCAUGUGAACACUACUGGCCUGCGUUCGUCAUCCGUUCCCCGUCGGGGCUCCUCAUCGUCUCCGGGCGAUGACAGUCUCGCAGGCAAGUCUACACGCAACGCGUUACGUCGGCGCCCGAGCGCUCGUUCGAACCCAACUACGCCCGCUACACACCACUCGCGCUCAGCGACGGACGACUUGACUCGUCCGGUGGGCACUCCCACCGUACAGCGUGUUCCAUACCAGCUGCACGCUCAUCGUGACUCCGGUGCGCCGUUCGCUGCAUACAUGAGUCCUAGCCGACCGUCGACAUCCCCAUCUGGGCUCCCACCUCGCCCAGUCACGUCCCCUCUGGUGAAGGGGUCCAACUCUCCCAGCAGAUCGGAGAGUCCUAGAGGACUGACACCGGCGGGCGCCGUUGCCCUCGCAUACAAGCAACAGGAGCAGCGUCGCGAGGAGCUAGCCGAGACAGCGUCUUUCAACGAUGCUUACCGUCCCUCGUCGGCUACUCCGCUCAAGUCUGUGAGCUCCCCGCGAUCCGGAUAUGACAGUGCAAACGACGAGGCAACUAGCGGGGGGCCAUACUACACAGUAUUCGGUGGCGCUUCGGGUCGGUUGGUGGCUGUGGGGAGUCCGCAGGACGAUGACUGGUAUCACGGCGUUCACGAGACACGCGCGACCGUCUCGCUGAAUGGGAAGCAUGUCCCGAGUGGCUCGCGAAGCUUGUCGAGGAAGGUCUCCGGCUCAUUCAAGCGUGUAACCGGAUCCAUCAAGCGCGGAGAUCGCGACCAUCCAGAGCUUCCAGUGCCUUCGCCGGAGGAUUGGAAGCCUUAUGAUGGUUCUCAGGGCCGAUCUCAUACACACACACCCUCGAAGGUUAUGCGGAAUCCCACCUUGCUGAACCCAGCGAUGAAUGGGAAGCACAGCCCAAGCGAUUCGUCAGCCACGAAGAGCAGCCCCUCCCCGAAAGAAUUUGGCCGUCCUGCACAGUCAUCGAAGCUCAAAGGAGACGAACACGAGGAGGAUAGGACGCCGGGUUCAAAGUGGUGGAAGCUCAUGAAGCGACUAAGCACAGGGGGGCUUCGCGAGAAGUACCAACACCCUGACACCUUGCCGCCUCCAGUUCCCGCGCUCCCACAGAAUCUGCAGCUGCCUUCACCCUCGCGGACGACGCUGGACAUCACGGGCCGCGGACCUAAUGGGGAGGAGGUCACUGAGGAAGGGGUGUUGUUGCGCAAAUUCAUGCAGUCGCGUAGGUCGCUGUCCGGGGUGCGCCCGAAUCCGUCUCCUCCCAAAACCCCCCCGUCCACAGGUUCCUCACGGCCCGGUGCUGGCAACACGAACACUACAGGGCGGCCGUCGACUGGGAAUACGACGAAGAGUCGUGCGAGCACAUCUGGCCAUCGUCCUAGUACGGCGACACGGUCCUCUUCUCCGGGGUCGUCCGAGAUGGCCUCGUCCAGCCUUUUUAAUCACAAUCGGACGCCGUCGACACGGUCAUCCUUCUCGUCCUAUGGCGAGGAAAUCCCUCCUUUGCCAAGCUCUGUGGGCCAGUAUAUCGUUUCGCCUAGCGAACUCUCGCGCAUGACCAAGUCUUCUGAGCACACUUCAUCUCCGCUUACACCCUCACAGCUCAAGGGCCGCACUCGAACGCAGAGCCGUUCGCAUACCGCGCCUCCGGAAGACGGCGCCUCUCCAGAGGAAAGGCACCUCCCUUCCUUACCUCUCCCUCCACGCAGGGUCACCACCGGCUCCGCCAUUUCACCCACUGCACAUUCGUUCAACGUUGAAGAUACCAUCGACAAGCUUAUGCCUUCCAUCACAUCCGUGCCGCCGCCUCUGGGAGAGUUCGGGAUGAACGAGCCGCCACCUCGUCCCAAGCGCAGUUCGCGCCGCGCGCCGCCUCAGCUGAACGUCGAAGUUCACGCUCGUUCGCAGUCCGCGUCUGCGACGAUGCCCCUAUCCCCGCAGACGCCCCGCGCUCCUCCGCAGGUCCGUGUGGACGUUGACCUCAUCCGGCGCCCUUCGGUGGGUGCGCUGAGUCACAGGUCCACCCCAAAGCCCAACUCUGCCACUUCCUCGAGUUCGCCUUCGUCCAAUUCGCCGUCGUCGGCGGUCUCCCAGAAGCGUUCACCGCUCACGUUCCGCGAGCUGGAGAGCCCGCGGCACAAACUGACAGAGAAGGAGAAGGCGGCUAAGUGGGAGGACCUGCUUGAGCGCAGCGCGCGGGCCGGGGGGACGCUCCAUCUGGGAGAGUCGAGACUCAUGUCCGAGGAACCUGAUAUGCUCGGGGACGACCGAUCUGUCUUUGAUGCGGACGAUUGAUGCGUAGGUGCAGUCGAUGGGAGCUUGACGAUGACGAGCAUGGCCUCGUCGUGUGUAAAAGCCGCGCUUCCAUUGUUUGUUUUGGUAUAGAGCUGAUACAUACAUUCGCAGUCCCCCCUCUACCUCACCUUUAAUCAUGUCUUCCCUCGUCUGCUUUGCAGCGGCGGACAACUCUUAAUGUCGCUAUCGCUCUCUCUGUAGUCUGUUUCGUGCUCUCCCACAUACCCGAUGCAUAUCACUAUUCCCAACACAUCUAACCUGCCCACCUACCUACGCAUGUACAUGUUUGCAGAACUACACACUAGUCGAUCAUGCUGUUUGUUCAUGCCGUACAGUCGUUACAAAUGUAGGCUAUUUCUU